AUGUGUGUGCGUGUGAAGGAGAGUUUUAACGGAUGCACCCUUAUGCCAAACGUUGGUUACGGUUCAGAAAAGAAAACCCACCACUAUCUCCCAGAUGGACUUAAGAAAUUUGUCGUUCACAAUGUCUCAGAACUGGAGGUCUUAAUGAUGCACAACAGUACUUACUAUGCGGAGAUAGCACACAAUGUCUCAACCAAGAAAAGGAAGGAAAUUGUUGAGUGUGCAGCACAAUUGGAGGAUUUUGUCACCAACAAAUUGGAUAGGUUGAGCAGUCAGGAGGAUGAGUGA